AUGGUGGUGCAGGACAGCGUGGACGCCCCCGGCGUGCCGCUGGAGCCCUUCCUGCACCAGGUCGGGGGGCACCUGAGCGUGAUGAAGUAUGAUGAACACACGGUGUGCAAGCCCCUCAUCUCCCAGGAACAGAGGUUCUACGAGUCCCUGCCGCUGGCCAUGAAGCGCUUCACCCCGCAGUACAAAGGCACCAUCACCGUGCACCUCCGGAAGGACAGCCGCGGCCGUCUCAGCCUGGUUGCCACCCCCCUGACUGAGAACCGGGGGCCCUUCACGGUCUCCACGGAGUCGGCAGCGGUGGCCAUAUGGCAGACCCUCCAGCAGAGCCCUGGCGGUGGCGCCCUCCCCCUCGCCCAGUGGCAGCACCCCCAGCGGGCACACUCGCUCACGGAGAGCCCGGCCACGGCGCUCCUGAGGUCCGAGCUCCACCUCAAGGCCCAAGUCCCCUCGCUGGUGGAAGACGUGAACGGGAACCUGACGGAGAAGGGCAGCUUUAACCCGUGGGGCCUCCGCUGCCACCAGGCCCACCUGCAUCGCCUGUGUGCCGAGUACCCGGAGAACCAGCGGCACCGGUUCCUGUUGCUGGAAAACGUAGUGUCACAGUACAAGCAUCCCUGCAUCUUAGACCUGAAGAUGGGGACCCGGCAGCAUGGGGACGACGCUUCAGAGGAGAAGAAGGCCCGCCACAUGCGGAAGUGUGCGCAGAGCACCUCGGCCCAUCUGGGCAUGCGCAUCUGCGGCAUGCAGGUUUAUCAAAGCGAUAAGAAGCACUUUCUCUGCAAAGACAAGUACUAUGGAAGAAAGCUUUCAGUGGAGGGUUUCAGGCAAGCGCUUUACCAGUUCCUGCACGAUGGGACCCGCUUCCGGACGGAGCUGCUGGAGCCUAUCCAGCGCCAGCUCCAGGCCCUCCUCUCGGUCAUUAGGAGCCAGAGCUCAUACCGGUUCUACUCUAGCUCCCUUCUCAUCAUCUAUGAUGGGCAGGAGACUCCACAGACGCCCCAUGGCAGCAACGUCAUCAAAGUUGAUGUCCGGAUGAUCGACUUUGCUCACACAACAUACAAAGGCUCCUGGAAUGAACACACCACCUACGAUGGACCAGAUCCAGGCUAUAUCUUUGGCCUGGAAAACCUCAUCCAGAUCCUGCAAGGUAUUCAUGAGGGACAAUGA